CAGUCGCACCGUUGACAGUGGGGUUCAGCUUCGACAUUCGCUAUCCCAGAACAUUAAGUGUCUCGGACUCGGAGGCAGCAGGGUCCCAUUUCGGUUAUCGUGUCUGUCAGUUUGGACCGGCGCAGGGAGGCAGCAGUGUGUUGGUCACCGCUCCUUUUCAAGACAAUCGGACAGGAGUGGUUUACAGAUGUUCUUAUGACAGUGGCACUUGUAAAGCUCUACCUGUACAAGUGGAGCCAGGAGUUUCAUUAGGAUUGUCACUAGCUUGUAAUGCUGACAGAGCUAUGGUGUGUGGACCACGGCAGCUCCAUGGCUGUGAUACUCUAAACUACCUCCAAGGACUUUGUGUUGAGCUGGGGCCACAGCUUACGGUCUCACAAACACUGAAGCCUGCCUUUCAAGAGUGCCGUGAGUUUGGCUUGGAUGCAGUGAUUCUGUUUGACGGUUCUCAGAGUAUCAUAACCAGAGACUUUGUCACCAUGAUCGACUUCAUCAAGAACAUUAUUCGGAUGUUCACUGCCCCCCGUGCACAGGUGGCAGUUGCUCAGUAUUCGACAGACACCAGUGCUGUCUUCCACUUUGAGGACUUUGUGUCUGACCCUAACCCUGACAACCUGAUGCGAUCCGUGGACCAUUUCCAGGAGGCGACAUACACCCCAUCAGCCAUCCGCUAUGUUCUGUGAGUGACAUACACCCCAUCAGCCAUCCGCUAUGUUCUGUGAGUGACA